AUGUACUCCACAUCAAAAUUACGGCGCUGGGCAUUAAUAGGGCUUGUAUGUUUACUGUUUCUCAUAAAUAUAUUAGCGGGACGAACGGAAGCAGCAGGCUCAACCUGUGUGGUCUGUGGCGCACCACCACCAUGUCCACAAUGCUCGCAAGGAAAAAUAUGUGUUCUCGAUUUACAAACAUGUACAUCAUGUCCGACACCGCGAUGCGGUGACAUAAAAGUCGGCGUCAGCAAUAAUUCCUUUGAUAAAAGCAACGAAAAUAGCGGUUCGAAUAGCAACGCCAAAUUAAUUCCUGCAGUGAUUGGCGGAUUGCUUGGUGCGGGAUUGUUGGCUGCGGCCGUGUUCGGUUACAUGCGGUAUAAACGUCGAAGAGAUCGUGGCUUAUUUUUUUCGUCGACUUGCGAAAAACUUGAUGGUUCCUCUGAUAGCGAGAACGUGAUACCGAUCGCGUAUAUUCCACCUGUUACGCCAACCACGCCAACAACACCUCGACCUGAACCUGCUCACGCACGAAGUCGCCUCUCGUAUCUGAGUGUGGGAACAACACCGCUGGUCACCCCUCUGGCAAGUCCACUACCACGCACCUACUCCAACGAAAAAAUGGUUAGUCUAUCGGAAGACGAUGAUGCAUUUUCAGAAGUUGGCACAGUAUUACAAGCCACAAAAGCCACGCCGGCUAGCGGGACUACUGUUGUUACGGCCACACGUGCAAAACCCGCACUUGUUCGUCUUAAUACUGUGAAAUCUAAUAGUCAUUCUGAAUUGAGAUCACAGGCUGGAAAUCACUUGGCGUCUACACCGGCCACACCAAAAACAGGAAACACUUUAUUGAGUGUGCAUUCGUCGAAUAAGUCAUCAGCACCUAGUAGUCCGACCACUUUUCAUUCGAUUUCGAUUAAUGGUAAUGACGACGAGGACGACCUUCUUGGUGAUGAAUAUUUUGACAAUAAUGACGAUGACACAAUAACUAUGUCAAGAAAUUCAACAAUACUGCUACCGCAAAUCGAUGUCGAACGAUCUUCACUAGAAUCGUCGAAUACUGUAUCUCGUACAAUUAAUAACAACCACUCCGAAAACACCAUCUCUUCGAAUCUAGUUUCUCCGUUCCUUGACCCAUUCGAGGGACGCCAGUCUUUUGGGCUAUUUGGUAGUGACGAAGUAGACAGUUCUGGUGGGGCGACAAUAUCAACAGCAUCAAUAGUAGGAAGCGGUGGCGGAACUUCACCACAUCUUUUAGAACGAGAGAGUAUGAUAAGUUCAGCUAGUUCGAAUCCUCGUAGCACGAUGAUGUCUGAUGAGGGAGACGGCGAAAUAAUGAUAUUCUGGGGAGGCGAAGUGCCAAAUUUUCUUGAGAAUGAUCCCUCUAUUAGAAACAGUGAUAAUAAUAUGAUGAGAUCAAAUGUAGUGUCGUCGACGUCGUCAUCAUCACAAUCCUCAUCAAAUAAUGCGUCGAAAGAUCCUGGAACAAUGACAACAGGAAUAAAGUAG